UCAUAUUGGCUAUCGCUCGUCGCUCAUCGCUCAUCGCGCGUAGUGUGCAGAGGCCAUUACGAUUACGCGGCAAAAUCGUUGAGAAAUCGUGGGCCGUGGGUCCCUCGCGGGAGCGAGCCACUCGUCGUUUUUGAUCAAUCUGUCAGUUUCUUUUUUGCCGUCGACCGCGCGUUUUCCCCGUUUUCCCGAACAUCACAGUAGCGUUGCAGUCGACCCACGUGUUUGAAAAUAACAACAUCUUAACCUAUAAGAUUACUUGAAAAUGGCAGAAAAGAAACGAAAACCUCGCGUAAUUUUAGAAGAAUAUGGAAUUCCGAACGCUUCGGAAUAUUCCAACUUGCCACUGGAAGGUGGAUGGAGUAUAACAAAUUUUAAAAAGCAAUUGAAAAUCAAAGUUGUGAGUCAAUCAAAGGAUGAACGAGAAUUGGAAUUCGAUCUAAUCGGGUGUUCCGCUGCCCUGGCGAAUGCUUUGCGAAGAAUUUUACUUAGCGAAGUACCCUCCAUGGCCAUUGAGAAAGUUUACAUUUUAAACAACACAAGUUUGAUACAGGACGAAGUUCUUGCUCACAGAUUGGGGCUUUUGCCAUUGAGAGCAGAUCCUAGGUUAUUUGAAUAUCCCUCACAUUCUGGAGGCGAAGAGGAAGAGGUCAGUGAUCAGGACACUCUGAGAUAUGAAAUGAAAGUUACCUGUUCUUGGAACACACAGGCACCUAAAGAUUCUCGACGCCCUGAUGAUAUCUACAAAAAUAACAAUGUUUACAGCAGAGAUGUCAGAUGGGUGCCGAUAGGUCGCCAGUCAGAAAUUUAUCCUCGUGGAGAAGAACAACUUGGAGUUUUAGAAAGCGAUAUACUUGUAUGUAAAAUGCGGCCUGGUCAGGAGAUCCAUGCAUUUAUGCAUGCUGUCAAGGGCAUUGGAAAAGACCAUGCAAAAUUUUCACCCGUCGCUACCGCGUCAUACAGACUUCUACCUUCCAUUACGUUGACAGAGCCGAUCAAAGAUGAUCUUGCAGAUUUAUUGAAAACGUGCUUCAGUCCCGGAGUAAUAGAGAUCGUUGAAGCAAAAGAUGGCUCUAGAGAGGCUCGAGUGAAGAGCGCACGCUACGACAGCUGUUCCCGGAAUGUAUUCAGACACGAUAGCUUAAAAGAUUCGGUUGAACUGGGAAAAGUACCAGAUCACUACAUUUUUACGAUCGAAUCCUUGGGUGCUCUUUCGCCGUCGAUACUUUUCAUGGAAGCUGUGAAGAUUCUGAAAGGAAAAUGUCGAACUUUCUUGGAAGAGCUCGAAAGCAUCAGCUGAACGUUUGAAAACGAGUGAAAUAAAUGUACUUUUUAAUUCUUGAAAAAAAGACCUGUUGAUCUUUCAAAUGUUUCGAUGAUCACCUGUCAGAAGUUCGAGGCGCCGACUAUGUCAGACGUUUUGGUUAUCGAA